AUGGAUUUCGAAAAGACACAACAGUUGAUACUUCAAACUGAAGCUGCUGCCCAAGAGAUUUUUAUCACCAGAGACGAGAUAGUAGCAUUGGAUUUCAAGCGCCAAAAAACACGGGAAGCUUUUCGGGCUUUGAAAAAUGGCUUGGAACCUAGUGAAAAGGCAUGGGUGUCGAUUGGAAACAUAUUCGUAAAAAUAAGGACGUCCAAGGCGCAAAACUUGUUGGAACGAGAGUUAAAAGAGGUUGAUCAAGAGAUAUCUGAACAUCGCAACAAGCUUAAAGAACAAGUGAAACAUUUGAGAGAUCUUGAAGGGAAACCAGAACUGAAAGGGUUUGAUUUAAAACCAAUAUCUAAAGAAGCUGAGAUUAUAAUGCAAGCACUUUCUAAGUGAAGUCUGAAUAUCAUCAAUAAAUUAUUUUCUGUGAUUAA